UGUUUUGUUUUAAUUUUUUUAAAACUAAAGACGUCGCUUUAAAACUCUAACAUUUUUUAGCAAAAUCAAUCUAAAACUCAUCAAACUAUGGGAAUGUUUGAUAAUUUUUUAAGUUUAUUGAAAAUUAAUAAAGAAAAGAUGACAGUGUUAGUGGUGGGUUUGAAUAACAGUGGAAAAUCCAGCAUUAUUAAUAGUUUUAAAAGGAAAAAUGAAGCCAAUGCAUAUAUAGCUGUACCGACCGUAGGUUUUACAAAUGAGGAAUUUUACAGUCAUGGGGUACAAUUUGCCGUAAUAGAUAUGUCUGGUGCCUGGAAAUAUAGAAAUCUAUGGCAACAUCAAUUCAAAAACUGUCAAGGUAUUAUUUAUGUUAUUGAUUCCAGUGACAACAUGAGAAUGGUGGUUGUUAAAGAAGAGCUUUAUAUCUUAUUACAACAUCCCGAUUUGGUAGAUCGUCAAAUACCCAUUUUAUUCUAUGCUAAUAAAAAUGAUUGUGAAAAUUCUUUAUCCAGCGUUAAUAUUGCUGCUGCUUUAGAUUUAACCACUGUUAUAGAUAAACCAUGGCAUAUUAGUUCUAGUAGUGCUAAAACUGGAGAUGGUCUGGAUGAAGGUGUACAAUGGUUAAUCCAGCAAAUACGCUUAAAAAAUCAAAAACAUCAUUCCAAAAAAGAUAAAUCUAAGAGAAAAUAGAUUUUUUCUUUUUCAACAAGUAGUUUUAGUAAAAUUUAAAAAGUAUAUCUGUUCCAAUGCUAGUCAGAUUUAGUGAUUUUAGUUUGAAUUAAAAUAAAAUAUAUAUUUCAAGUUUUAGUUAAAGAAGGAUCGUCCAUUUAUUCAGCGGUGUUUGUCUAAUAUAUUGAUUUCAUGGAAGUUUGACCAUGAUUCAUAACUAAAUAUGCCGCUCCAUUUUAACAUAUUAUUUAAUAAUAUUUUAGAUCAAAAUUAAUUCCAAAUUCUAUUUAUUAAUUAUAGAAAUUUUCAU